AGUCGAGCACCGUCCUAAGGUAACGGGAGAUUAGUUUGUGCAAUCAGAAUACGUUUGUUGCACAAAUCCGGAACAUUUAGUCUUACUUCGAACUACAUGCCGUUAGAUAUAGCAUGUUUUAAUCGUACCCUUAUACAGGUCUCCCAUCCCCAUCAUCCUGACACAAAGCAGCAAACAUGCUAGAGCCAACAACACGGAAGUUUGCAUCCCUAGAAGAGGAGCUGGGUUUCUGGAAGGAGCAGGCUGGGAGACAUCAACAAAGGGCUGAUGAGGCUCAGGAGGAGCUGCAGGAGUUUCAGCAGAUGAGUCGAGACUAUGAAGCAGAACUGGAAACCGAGCUGAAGCAUUGUGAAGGUCGAAACAAAGAGCUGCUUUUAGACAACAACCGACUCCGCAUGGAACUGGAAAGCAUAAAGGAGAAAUUCGAGGCACAGCAUUCUGAUGCUUUUAGGCACAUCUCAACCCUGGAGGAAGAACUGGCAGAAACCAAAGCAAUGAGAGAUCACCUGCAGAAAUACAUCAGGGAGCUAGAGCAGUCCAAUGAUGACUUGGAGAGAACCAAAAGGGCUACCAUCAUGUCUCUGGAGGACUUUGAGCAGCGAAUGAACCACGUCAUCGAGAGGAAUGCCUUUCUUGAAAGUGAGCUGGAUGAGAAAGAGAACCUGCUUGAAUCUGUUCAGAGGCUCAAGGAUGAAGCCAGAGACCUUCGCCAGGAGCUGGCUGUACGUCAGAAGGAAAGACGGCCGUCCAGCAGCCUGGGCAAAGACACAGAUCGAUCGGAUCUGCCAUGCCCCAUAGCUGGUAACCCGUCCAUCCCUGUCACACCCUCCAAACCUAUCAGCUCAUUUUCCACGCCCCCCGUUUCCAGUAUCCGACGAGGUGAUGGUCUAACGGGGACUCCCCUCACGACGUCUGCUAGAAUAUCUGCACUCAACAUUGUAGGGGAGCUGCUGAGAAAAGUUGGAAAUCUGGAGUCAAAGUUGGCCUCCUGUCGAGACUUUGUGUACGAUACAUCUGUCAGCAGACCAGCACUUCCGGCUGGCCCUUGUAGUCCUUCUCGUUUAGAGGGAGGCCCCGAGGUCCAAGCUACUAGCAUGAGCCCACCUCCUCAGUACGACAGUUUAGUGAAGCGGUUAGAGUUUGGACCAGCUCCUCCGAGAGGCGUCUCCCAGGGCGCCCAGUCUCCACAGGCAGGGGUCAAGAUUCUGCUAUGAAAGGAAAAAGAAGGCAAACCAUCUUCAAUAACCUGACACCGAACCUCCUGUUCCCUCUCCCUCCUUAAACUGCAGCAGCAAUGGGACUUUGAACUGGGCUGUAUCCCUUUGGCGCCACUUGCCCUGCUGAACUAUUUGAACAAGAAGGCCAUUCUCUUUGCCCCACAUAUUCAGCGCAUGGACUUCUGCUGCCUCAGGCUAGUAUCACACCAUAUCUCAUAGGAAUCAGCGCUACAGCUUGUGUAAAUUCAAGGAUUGAAGAACCUUCUUGUCACCCCAUAUCUUCUGCUGUAUCGUUGAUGCUGUGGUAGGCAGCAUGUAAAAAAAUCCUUGUCUGCCAUUUUGGCUAAUUUGCUUUCGGCAGUGGAUCAAGCAGAACUGGGGCUGUUGAAACAUUACUGCUCCCAGAAAACGCAUGUCCACCCACCCCCCCCACCCCUAAUGUGUGCCUGCACUUGUCCAUUAUGAAGUAAGGACCCAAAUAAGAGCCAGUUAUAUUAACAGCUACAGGAUGUGACCCUGAUAUAGGGACCAAGUACAAACCAAACCUUUGAAAAACUGAUCAAACAUAAAAGUAACUGGUUAGGUGUUUUUUUUUUUUUUUUCCUGUUUUAAUCUAAUAUGAAAAAUGGUUAAACCUCGUUGAUAAUUUGAAUAACCUAAUUGUCUGUUUUUGUUCUUUUAUUAUUUGAACCAUGGGCUUGAAUAAUGUAGUACUGAAAAACACCGGCAUGAAUAAAUCUCAGUUUUUGAGGAGCUAGAUAUUGUAAAAGAUGGUUAGAAUAGGAUUUCAAAGCUGAGCCCCACAGUAUUUUGUCUAAAAGAGACUCAAUAUUUUCCACUGCUGCAAAAACUUCCCAGUUGAGAAUGAAUAAGUUGCUGCCAGGAAUUUGUGUUUUAACCAUUGCUGCCUUCCUCACUGGUAAUACUUCUUUUAGUUUGCUGGCCUUGCUUUGCUGUAAUGGUUAAAAUAAAUCAAAUGGUUUAACUAUUCCUCGUGCUGCCAGGCUCCUAGAAAUGCUUUUCUUCAGGCCGGUUUAAUUUCACCUGGUAUUCGGUUUGACCCUGGUCCUUCCUAUCACCUCCUUCCUUCCACUGCACAGAUUUUUUAUUUUUUUUGCAGACUACUAAUUUUCUGGUAUGCAAGGCUUAUGAAUGUGAAGUAUAUGGAUAGGUCUUCUGCCUGAGAGAGAAGAUAUCCGUUUGUCAUGCUGCAGAUUACCAAUUACUUUUAUACAGAUUUUAGUUGCCUGUAGAAGUUAGACUGGCACAUGUUCACUACUGAAUGUAUAGUUAUAAUUCCCUAAUAGGCUCGAGACCUCCUGUCUGCCAUCAAGGGUUAUAUGGUGGGCAAAUGGGGAUAAAUACAAAGCAAUAAUAGAUUUUAACAGGUCAAAGAUAAGCACAUUUCAUAUUAUAUUUGUGUAGGUAUAUAGAGACUAUGUUUAAAAACCCUUUUCCUGCCUUUUAGUAAGAGAUAUUGUGAGUGGGGAAAUAGAGUGGUUUUAAUGUGACGUCUGUGCUUUUCCCUGAAAUGUUUCUGGUUAAUCUUGAGUUGUCAGUACUGAUAUCCGGCAGCUCAUUAAGGAGAUAAUACAGUACAUAUCUUAACAUAGAGUUCAUACAGCGGUGUGGCCUGACUGUAGGAAUUCAUUUGUGGUUCAUACAUGAAAGAAGCGGAUUUCCUGCUCCUCGCUGUUUAACCUUCCUUGAACUAACACAAGCUACGACCACUGUGUACUGGGUGUUUGUAUGCAGCACGUCUGCCACUGCUUCUGUAUUUGGACUUUAAACUGUUAUGUGCCUGAGGUACUAUACCCAACUUUUAUCCUGUUGGUUUCCAGCUGUUUUUCUAUUGAAUUGAACAGAUGAGAAUAACGCUCUGUUGUGAGGACCCAAUUUGAUCUUUUGAAGUUGCUGACCAAGACAGAAACAUUAAAAGGAGAAAAUCAAAA